CGUUUAGUGAGGCACUUGUUUGUUUGACAACAAACGUACUGCCGCGAUCAUCCCGAAAAUACCCCCUAAAUCGGAUAAAUUUCCCCUUCUGGAAAGUUGUCCCUGUGAGGAAUUGUUACAAUCAGGAUGCCACGGAAGUCUCGGUCAGUAUCAAAGAGCCCAGGAGCAGAGCCAAGGCGUCACAGUGCUCGAAUAGCUGCACUGCCACAGGCCUCUCCAGAGCCCAAACCCUCACCAAAGGCCAGGACACCAGCCUCAGCCGACAAACCGGAACGUCGAGGGCGCCCUCUUGGAUCUACGAAGAAUUCUCCCUCACCGAAGAAGGAUGCGAAUAAACGCGGACGGAAGAGAAAGUCAGAAGCUGAAGCUGAAGCUGAGGAAGUACCUGAAGCCAAGACGUCUAAAGAUGAGACUGAGGAGACUGUAGAGGCCAAGGAAGAUGCUAAGGAAGAACAGGAAGCAGUAGAAGCUAAGGGGGAUGGUGCCAAAGAGGAUGAAGCCAAGAAGGAGGAAGAUACUCCCAAGGAAGCGGAGAACGGAAAAGACGAAGCAGCUGAAGAACCAACUGAGAAGAUGGAGACCAACCAAGCUCUGAGCGAGUCUUCUUCUUCUCAAGAACCUAAACCAAAAGCCGCUCCAGUGGUUCCGGUUAUUGAACAGUCCUCAACCGGCCAACAAAUUCAGGACCCUGUCGCUAAGAUCGCUCCGCAACCAUCACCUCAAAAGAUCGUUCAAGCAACUCCUCCUCACCCUGUCAAGUCGGCAGCCUCACCUGUUGAGGUCUUUAAACCAACUCCAACGGUUGCUCAACAAUCACCUAAGAAAACAAUUCAUCAAGAGAUUAAGACCGCACCCCCUGGAAUGAAACCGGCUUCUCAGCCACUGCCCCAGCCGACGCCCCAGCAGAAGCCCCAACCGGCACCCCAGGCGACGCCCCGUCAGAAGCCCCAACCGGCACCCCAGGCGACACCCCAGCAGAAGCCCCAGCCGACACCCCAGGCGACGCCCCAGCAGAAGCCCCAGCCGACACCCCAACCGAAGCCCCAGCCAACGCCCCAGUCGACGCCCCAAUUGCCUAGGAUAGAAACUCAAGGCCAAGCUUCUAAAGCUGUACCUGACGCUGUUAUUCCAGCCACCCAGGUGGCACCAGCAGCAGCCUCUCAGCCUGAAAAGCAAGCUGCUGAGAAAAUUGUAAUCGCCCCGAGCGUACAAGGUACGGCUCCUGUUGAACUAGACAAAUGCUCUACGGAGCCACAAUCGGUUACUCCUGAGAUGAGAGAAUGCGAUCAAGCUGACCAGAGCAAUGUUCAACAGCAACAAGUCGAUACCUCACUGUCCCUUCAUCGUAAGGGUCAACCACCACCACUGCAAUACCUCACAAAGCCUGAAAUCACAAUAACUCCCGCAUCGGACGCUGAGCCUAGUCCUACUCCGGGCACCCCCGGAGGGGAAGAGUCAGACUUUGAGGAGGAGGAGGUGGCUGAAAAAACAGCGGAGGAUUUAACCAAAGAACAAGAGGUGCCCAAUAACAAUGUCCCGACUGAAAAGAUUGACACUUUGAAGAAAGACGGAGUUCAACACGACGGGAUGAACAACGGAGAAAGUGUCGCUGCGGCGGUCGCUGUAUAGAUCAGUCAGUCACAUGUAAAGUAUCAAUACCCAAGAUGGUACGUAACCCUCCAAGAUUCAUGUUGUGCAAAUGAAGGGAAUUAUACAAAAAAAGUGAUUUUGGGAGUUUUUAAAAUGAGAAAAUGAAUUAAUUAAAGAUAGGCUUGAAGCCAUUUGGACACCGUGUCAUCUAGAGAAAAUGUUUUUUUAAAAACUAGAUGUUUUUUAAUUGUUAUGUUUUUUAAAAGGUUGUACCUUCUUUAGGAUAUUAAUAAGUGCAGGGUAAUUUGAAGAUAUAUUCUCAAAAGAUUGUUAACAAUUCAUUUACUGAUUCUUAGCACUGAUGUUUGUUCUUUCUUACUUGAGGAAUACAUGGAUCAACAUAAUAUCUUAAGAAAAGCAACCCUUAAAAUGUGAUAAAGGUCUAUAGAGUUUUACUGGAUUACAUGUUUGUAUCAGUUUUAGACUUGGUGCUUUAGGUUUGUGUGGGAUAGUUUUAUGUUUUGUGUGGGAUCCUGAAGAUGUAGUUGAUUGUUUGAAUUGGAAUGGUGUAGAUUUGGUGACUAAGGUCUUUGAACGCUUGCUCUCCAAAGAUUUCAGAAUGUUUGUUUUAAUUCAUGAGUAAGUACAACUUCAACGUAACAACAAAUGGGUCAUUCUUUAACUUGUUAUUUCUCAGUGACCGUUGUUUCUCCUGGUUGACUUCCAAACUAAACUAAAUCAUUCUUAAAAUUGGAGUCAUUGAACUUUAAUCAAGUAGCUGCCAUAUUGCUCUUCAAUAUCAACCACAUCAUAGUUAGGCUCUAGCCAUUAAUGAGACUGGUGCCUUCAGACUGUUUCAUUGAAACUAGUGAAUGUAGUCAAGGAACCAAACAAAAUGGCAGCUGCUUGAUGAUGAUAUUAAUCCAUGUAACCUAGGUGUUAUCUUAGAGUAUCUUAUUUGUACAUAAAGAGAGGGAUUAUGGCAUAAGUCUACUGUAAACAUUUUUAUAGAAACUGUAGGCAUGUGGAAGGAAUAAUAUUCCUAAAAAAGUAGUCAAUUGAAAAAAAAAAAUUAAUGUAAGCAUGCAACUGUAGCUAGCAUUCAUCUUUUGCUAUGAUUCUGUGUUGUGGCCAUUUGUUGUCUAGUUCCCAAAUGGCCUUGUGUAAGAUCAGUUAAAAGUAGGUCUUGAUAACAAAGGUGCCAGCCUAUUCUGUACAUAGCCUCAUUAUGGCUCUCAUAGAAUUUGUAUGUAGGAGAGUCAAGUGGCAGUUUUGUGCUGUAGGAUGUUAAAGUCUGGUACCCAGACUUGAAAAGCAUGCAAGAUUGUGAUUAGCAUUCAGUUUGAACUAGUUGUAGUAAUUUAUGUGAUGUGGCUGACUGUGUUUUGGUUUCUGCGUACAUUUCAGUAAAACUGUUUGUGGUGUAAAACAAGACGCCCAAUUAUCUUUAUUUUUACGCUAACACAAACCUCGACAUUUUAAAUCUGACUCGAGAAAGUGGUUAUGUCCUCCUACUUGGGCAGUUUGCAUCAUAACACAAUAAAAAUGUGUCUUCAAAUCAAAUCCAAAGGUUCUCAAAUGCGGACAAAACAAUCACUAAAAGACAACUCUAUUCCAACUCCAAAUUUCCACAGUAACUAUAUUUCUACAAAUUAAAAUGAGACUAUUUUUUAACUCAAAGUGUAAUUUUUCCAAAAAACUAAGGCAUCACAUUUUGAUAAACCUUGGCUUUUUACCUGAGGGAAAAAUCAUACUUGUUUGUUUUUUCCUUUCAUACACAUUGUGCCCUUUUCACUUCAUAUCUGAAAUGUUGUCUUUGGUCACAUUAAACGUUUUUUCCUUUUAAAAACUUCAGUAGUUUUCUUUACAAAACUUAGAAUCAAGUUGGAAUUGAAACUUAACAUGGUGGGAGUAUAAUUUGGUGAUGUUUGCAGUAGCGCCAUGUGGCAAUCUCCUUUCUGUCCCUUCCUGUAUUUUUAUUUUUAUUUUUUGUUUGGGGGGAAGUGUCGGUUCUGAAAUGAACUGUUAGUUGGCAGCUCUAAAUGUAUACAAAAGCCAAGCUUGAUCGAAAAGUUUCUUAAGAAUUUGUUUGUAAUUUAACAAAUAAUUGAACUCAGAUGAGUUUAACUAAGCACCUAAUUUCAUGUUUCGACAAAACGGUUGAUCAAAUUUCGUAAUUUUCUUAGAAAAUGUUUCCUUUGCCUUGCAAACUUUUAUGAUUCCUAGUGAUUUGUAAGUCUUUUUAAAUGAAAUUUAUACGAAUUCUUAAUCUUCUUUAAGCUUGUCUAAAAUCAUCAGAUGCCAAAAAGAAGAAGUGUAACAAAACCAGUCAUGAUUUGAAACAACCUUCUUGUUGUUUUAUUUAAACAGAAAAAAGCAGCAAUCUUUGUUAUAUUGGAAAACAUGAAUUUGCAACUCCUCAAAUAUCUAUUUUUACCUUAUUGCUUUUCUUUAAAGAAAAUGUUUUUAAAUUUUGUAUUUUGUUAUCAUCAUUUUUGGAGCAAAGAUGAUAUAAGAUGAUAAUUUGAGACUUGCAAGAAGAUAGUCUGGUAGCUUUGUGAGAGUGCGUGCAAUUAUCAUAGUUGCAUACAGGUAGUUGGACAAAGAUGUAAAGCUUCAGAUUGCUUGAUUAAAUCUGUUUAUCCUCUGGUAAUAUAUCUUUAAAUUUCUGUGCAUUUGCGUGUGAUAAUUAGUUCUUUAAAAGUAGCAAUGGCAAAUUAUUUGACUCUAAAUUCUGCAAUGUUUUUUUUUAAAUGAAAGUAUGUCUGUUGUUUCCAGUAACUUUGCUCAGUUUGUACCCAUAACGAGAAUUGUAAUUAUUCAGCACAACAUUUUGUUACCUGUUCAUGUUUGUUGUGUUGUCAUUUAGCCUUCGAGAAAGACUCUGCUAGGAUCGAAACGUCAGACAAUUAACUAUAUUUUGCACAACAUUUUGUGUUACAAAUCCAUGUCAUGGUCUCCAGUAAGUCGUAACUGUGUUUUAAAAACUGAGUUUCAAGUUGAUUGAGUUUUUGUUGUCAUUGCAAGUGUUGAAUGAUGUAAAGAAUUUAAAUGAAAUGUUAAUCAGAUAGUAUGUGUCAUGUGCCCUAACUCUACAAACUUCCGGAUCAAAAUGGGGUCAAGAUGACCUGAAAUCUAAAUUUGUAAUCACUUUGUGGGUCAGCUUGACGCAGAAAGGGUCAAGACUCUGGACUCUGGCUUAAUUCUGACCAGGGAGUUUGUGGAGUAUAUCAUAAAGGCAAAUUUAACGAGUAUUUCAAAUGAAUUGGUUAGCAUUUUGACUUGGUACCUUGCUUUAUGUCAUAGUCGUGGCGUUUCAUCAUAAGGCUGUCAUUUUGUUUUUGUUUUUCAACGCAAUCAGAAAAAACCUGUCUGUUCCCUUGAUUGAAAGACCAGGAAAGCUACAUAGUUGUAAAGGGAACCAGACAAUGGCGGCCAUAUGAUGAAGAACCACAACAUUGUUUAGUCUGUAUCGCAAAAAUGUGGUAAAGUGGCAGAGAGUUCAAAUCAAGCAUAGUUGCUUUUUAAAGUCAUUGUUAGACGAGAGUUUUUUAACAAAUGUAUCUAGGCAUGUUUUGAAAGUUUUGGUUAUGCAUAUAUUAUGUUAAAACAGUAAUAUUUUACUCUAUGCUGAUGGUUGCAGCCCAAAACUUUCUAUAUAAUUGUGAAUGUCUAAGUAUUGUUCCCCAACGACGCAAUGAACUAAAGUAAUACAGUCCGUUACUGGCACCCAGUCAUAUUGCCAGGGCGCUAUUUUGAUUGUCAAUUUGAUUACGUCAUCAUGAUUAUGAUUUGAGGAACUGUCAUAAUUUUAAAAUUUAAAUUAUUGCACAUCGUAUUAAACAAAUUAAGUAGAACUUAUUCUAUAUCUCAAAGAGAAACAACUCGUUGCAAGUAGAACUCAAUCUGCUUUUAAUACCGAAAAUUGUUUUCAAAACUCAGCAAUCUUUGCCAAAUAUUUACCUUACCAGUCCGACUGUUCUUUGCACAAUUUCAAAGAGCAGCCAAGCUUUAAAAUAACCGCAGAGUGAAACUUUGCUGGGAAAAGUCGUAUACAAAAAAACAUAAAAUUGUUUGAAAUUUGUACCUGAUUACGCCAAGCUUUGAAUGUUUUGAAUGCUCGGAGGAACUGUGGAAUAUUAUUGUUGUUUAUUAUUGUUAGAAUUUAAUACUUUAUUCAUGGGAUCUGAUAUUUCAAUUAAUAGUAGAAUUGUCUCUUGAGUUGUCUGCUUUAUUUUAGAUUAAAUAAAAACAGCCAUGUUGAAUUCGCAAAGGAAA